AUGGCCUGGAAGACAACGUGGCUACUGUUCCUUUUGGUAGGGGUGGCUGCCGUAUGGACAGCCCGACCCAGGACUGAGCUUCUCAAUGUCUGCAUGAAUGCCAAGCACCAUAAGGAAAAGCCAGGUCCCGAGGACAAGCUACAUGAGCAGUGCAGUCCCUGGAAAAAGAACGCCUGCUGCUCCACUAACACCAGCCAAGAAGCCCAUAAGGAUAUUUCCUACCUGUACAGAUUCAACUGGGAUCACUGUGGCAAGAUGGAGCCCUCCUGCAAGCGCCACUUCAUUCAGGACACCUGCCUCUACGAGUGCUCACCUAACUUGGGGCCCUGGAUCCAGGAGGUGAACCAGAGCUGGCGCAAAGAGAGGGUCCUGAACGUGCCCCUGUGCAAAGAGGACUGUCAGAGCUGGUGGGAAGACUGCCGCACCUCCUACACCUGCAAGAGCAACUGGCACAAGGGCUGGAACUGGACCUCAGGGUAUAACCAGUGCCCAGUGAGAGCUGCCUGCCACCGCUUUGACUUCUACUUCCCCACGCCUGCUGCUCUGUGCGAUGAAAUCUGGAGUCACUCCUACACAGUCAGCAACUAUGGCCGGGGCAGCGGCCGCUGCAUCCAGAUAUGGUUCGACCCGGCCCAGGGCAACCCCAACGAGGAGGUGGCGAGGUUCUAUGCUGAGACCAUGAGUGGGGCUGGGCUCCAUGAGGCCUGGCCUCUGCGUUUCGGCCUGGUCCUAAUGUUGCUCUGGCUGCUCAACUGA